CGCAAAUGGCCGUUGUGGGAAAUGGAGGCGAGACAGGAUAAGCGGAGGUUAAAAUGCGUGGAAAGCGCGGCUCGUGAGGUGAAGUUUUUGUUUGCUGACCUGGCAGUUGUAUUUAAGGGAAGGACUUUGCUUUGCUUUGGUUCUGCCACACCACUUGUAGAAGAUUACACCCAGGUUUUAAAGGUUUUUAAGUUGUUACACCGAACACGGCAAGAAGUUUUUAAAAAUGAUACCAGAGCCCUUGCAGCUGCAAGACAAAAGAUAAAUGAAGAAUUCAGAAAUAACAAAGACGAGACAUCUGAGGAAAAGAUAAAUGAGCUUCUGAAAAUAGCUUCAGAUGUUGAAGUGAUUCUUAGAACUUCUGUUAUUCAGGCAAUUCAUACGGAGUCUGACAAAAUAGUGCUCGUACCCAGGAAAGAUCUUCUGCAAGACAACACUCCUUACUUAGAUAAACCCACAAAAAAGCAAGAAUCCUGAGGAAAAUGUGCCCCCUCUCCCCAGAAAGUUAACAUUCUGUAAUGGGAUCUCUGAAAACCAACAAACGGUGUAUCCCUAUUUUGAAGCUAAAUUUUGAAAGCAGUUAAAGAUUGUUACCA